GGUAGUCCGCAUUAUUCUCUGUCGCAAGAAGGGUUCCAGACAUCUGGGAUGGAUUUGUUUAAUUUGAGGUCGCUUGUCAUUUUGCUGUCAGCUGUUGGACGCUGCAACGGGCAGAGCGUACUGCCAGCGGGCCCCUUGGAGGGAGUACAGGGAAAGAACGUCACGUUCAAAACCAUCAUCAUGCCCACAGAUGUAGGCAACUUUAUCACAGUAUCUUGGAAUUUCAAAGGUGCUAGUGGACUUGUAGCUGUUGUCACUUCUGCGCCUAAAGGAGAGACAGUUGGCGCUGGCUACGCAGGAAGAGUGUCACUGAAUUCAUCCACCGGUGAAUUGAAACUGGGAACCUUGACGGCGAAGGAUAGCGGGGACUAUGCGGUGACCAUGGUCACAAGUGCUGCAGAACAGCGCACAGGUGUAACGGCGCUCAGAGUUCUAGAACCGGUCUCUGUCGUGACCAUCAAGUCCAACCUGAAUGAAGCGUUCGAGUUCAACAGCACUGUGGUCUUGACCUGUUCGGCCAAAGGAUCCUUCCUCAUGUACAAGUGGCUCAACGGCACUGCCCCGCUGGUCGCCGAUGGGAAUCAUGUGACUUUGAGUGCAAACUCCACAGUGCUGACCGUGGCUGGAGUGUUCAGGAAGGAUCUGGUCGGACCCAUCUACUGCACAGCCUCCAACAAACUAGAGAGCAAUAGCAGUGCCCCCUUCAACCUCACUGUCAGCUAUGGGCCAGAAAACGUCACCAUGACAGUCACCCCCACCGGUGAGGUCCAAAAGAAGGGUUCCAACAUUACAUUGACCUGCUCAGCCCAGUCUAGCCCUGUGGCUGUGCUUCAGUGGAUCCACAAUGGAGUCCCGCUCAAUGUGAUGGGCCCCAAGCUGGUACUGGCCAACAUUGCAGAGGCACAGAGUGGAAACUACUCCUGCAUGGCCAGCAAUGCCAAAACCUUGCGAUACCUGGAAUCCACCACAGCCAAGUUCACUGUAGUAGAGGCCAUAUCCGGCACUAAGAUCACAGGCCCCAAUGGAACGCUCGUCGCAGGUAUUAGCACGGCCACCCUGAGCUGCCAGGCAAGCGCCGGCACCGCCGGCACCCGAGAGUGGCUGAAGAAUGGCGUGGCACUGUCUCCUAGCAACAGGGUCGUGGUCUCGGCAGACAAGAGCUCGGUCAUGAUCGAGCCAGUGCAAAAGGAAGACAGUGGGGAGUACCAGUGUAAGCUGACCAAUGCUGUGAACACAGACUCUGCCAGCCUCAAGAUACUAGUCAACUUUGGUCCUGAGGCUGUGUCCGUGAAGGGGGAAAUUGCCGUAGAGGUGAAUGCCCCUGUCACGCUGAAGUGUACCUCAGUCUCCCUCCCUGCUGCCACCUACACCUGGAAGUUCAACGGGACGCUGACCGGCGUGAUGACAGCCGAGUACAUCAUCGAAGCCGCUGUGUACAAGAACACUGGGAUUUACACCUGUGAAGCCAGCAACGCCAUCACCGGGCUGAGCACUGCCGUUGCCCACAAGCUGUCCGUCAAAGAGGAGAGAACACUGGAUGAUGGUCUCACGGGUGGGCAGGUCGCUGGGAUCAUCAUCGGCGUGCUUAUCGCUCUAGUGCUCAUCAUCGCUGGAGUCCUCUACAUGAGACGGAAAAAAAGACCGAUCGAGUCGCCCUACUAGAAGAGUGCCCAGAGGAAAGCUGGAGCUAUCAGCCCAAAGAAUCAGCCAAUUAUUCCCCUCAAGAUCAAUCUCUGCAGUCAGGAAGACCACUCAGGUGGAAACCUCCCCCAGGUCUGUCCAGCCAUACAAACUAUUAAUCACAAAGUCCACAUAACCCCAGUGGUCACAACAUCACCCCUCCCUAACCCUCACACAUCAGAGGACCUGGUCAUCUCCUUUGAAAAUGGUGGUGUGUGUCUGGAACUCUGGGUCCUUGGGCUUGGAUUGGACCAGAAAGCUCCAACAUAUCUAUCCCAUCUAACAUAUAUCUGUCUGAAAUGACUUAUUUUCCUUCACACACCUUCCCUCCUCUCCAUCCAUCCCAUUGGCUAAGGUAAACAGCUUCCAACACUCCCUGGGAUGCUGACUCUUCCUCUCACAAAACAGAGGAAUGUCAUCGCAUACAUCAAUUUCUCCACACAUUCCUUGGGAAAUGAAUCGCAUCAUAGACUUGAGCGAUGGUGAUGUCCUGUCCGUCACAAGUGAUCCUUUCAGCUUUGAGAAACUGGAGGAGGAUUUAGUGGUGCAAUACAUUGGAGUCCUUAGUCACUUGGUCACUUCUCACUGAUUAUAACAUCAAGGCGAAUGGGCAAGUAUCGUCUGAAACUUUCUAACACCUGACGGACACAGGUUUGUAAAUCUGACGUUACCACAGCCGGGUGUCUGCUUGAUCCCAAGGAUUGCUUUUUUUCCCUUUUAUUUUUUGGUCUUUACUUCUCCAAGAUCUGCUCGUAAGAUCUUAAUGUGAAGACAGCAAUGACAAGAUCCAACACGCAGCAAAUGUUCGGGGGAGAAAAGAAAGGUAGGAAUUUUUGUGGGCAAAGACAUUCUUUGGUUUUGGAGGGAAAAUGUGUGUGCUUCAGGGCUAUUGAGUUUCGUUAUUUGCUGUAUUCCACUUUUCAAUGGAUCCAUCGUUGAAAUUGGAAUAUUGUUUUUAUAAUUUGGGCUUUUGUAGUUUAAACCAAAAAAAUACAUAACUAUGUUUUAGAAACAUGAAUGAACAAGUGCCAUUUUAUGUUAACUGUAACACAACCCCUUUUUACCUGCUUCUUAGCUUUGUUUUUUUUGGAACCCUCAGAUGAAUACACUGAGCUGAUGAUGUUCUUUUAUCUAAUGAAUGAUAAUGAGUUGUUUGCUGUCAAACAAUUAGUUGUUUAACAGCUCACACAGGUGUGUGACACUCAAUCAUACACACCUUCAAUUAGAACACACAGUACUAUGGGUUAAGAGUUCUUUAUCUGUUGAGUUUUCUCCCGCCAAUCAAAGCCAGUGGGGGGUUUUGCGUUGCAUGAACAGUACAGGGCAGUUACUCUGGUAGGCCUGGUGAUGUUAAUGUCACUUGGCUGUGGAAGGUGUUUACUCUUGUGAUUUGACCUACUUUGUUAAAACAUGUAAUUAUAUAAAGCAUUCGGUCUAUUCAAACAGAAAGACACACACAUAAAGACAGAUACACGGACACCAGAAUUUGAAGAAAGUAACCAAAUACACUGAACAAAAAUAUAAACGCAACAUGUAAAGUGCUGGUCCCAUGUUUCAUUAGCUGAAAAAAAUAUCCC